AGCAGCAGCCUAGAGCGCUUUCAAAGAGAGGCAGGUGUCCCAGUACCAACCCAAAUCUGGACCAGAUGUUUUUAAUCCUCUCUCUAGAACUACAGAGUAAUUCAUAACUGUCAUAGCGCGUAAGACGAGUUUUGUGGUCAGGAGAAUAGCCUUUGUUGCUCAAGAAGUCAAAACUAUUAAAUAGAAUAAAUACAGAAAUCUAAACUCACUUUUCACUCACAGUAUUCUGAAUCACUGGGAGAUUUUUUUUUUAUUCUUGUCUCCUGCUGCUUGGAAGCUGGAGGCGCACAAUUCUGGCUCAGCUGUUUCAAUAAAAUUAGGUUAGUAACUCCUCAAAAUAAGUCCUCAUUUCUGCCCUCCAACAUGUGGUGGAUGCUGUUUCCUCGCUGGAUCUGGUUCGUCUCGGGACAGUUUUUGCUGCUAUUUGUGGACAGGCAAUGCGCGAAAGGCAUGACUUUGCAAAGAGUUGCGUAUUCCCACGCAGGGAUCUGUCCAAACGACAUGAACCCAAACUUGUGGGUUGAUGCAAUGAGCACCUGCAUGAGAGAAUGUGAAUCUGAUCAGGAAUGUCAAACGUUCGAAAAGUGCUGUGCCAAUGUUUGCGGCAAUCGCAGCUGUGUGGCGGCCCGCUACAUCGACGCUACGGGCAAGAAAGGGCCCAUGGGCAUGCCAAAGGAGGCGUCCUGCGACAAGUUCAUGUGCACUCAGCAGGGCUCCGAGUGCGACAUCUGGGACGGCCAGCCCGUGUGCAAGUGCCGCGACCGCUGCGAGAGAGAGCCCCACUUCACCUGCGCUUCGGACGGGAUGACCUACUACAACAAGUGCUACAUGGAUGCGGAAGCGUGCUCCAAAGGCAUCUCAUUAUCAGUGGUGACAUGCCGCUUCCACCUCACCUGGCCCAACACUAGUCCUCUCCCGGCAGGCACCACCGCUUUGCCCACCACCACGCUGCAGCGCACCACUCCUGUAGACGUGCACGUUCCCGUCCUGGUGAACAGCCCGUCGGAGCAGUCCGUGUUCAUCGGUGACACGGCCAGCUUCCUUUGCGAAGUCGCUGGCCGCCCAAAGCCAGAGAUCACCUGGGAGAAGCAAAUGGACGGGCAAGGAAAAGUAGUCUUGAAACCCAAUCACGUGCAUGGGAACGUUGUGGUCACCAACAUCGGCCAGCUGGUUGUCUACAACGCCCAACCGCAAGAUGCCGGCGUCUAUACAUGCACGGCCACGAAUGCGGGCGGAUCCAUCCAAGCACAUUUUCCACUAUCCGUGGUUGAGCAAGAGCCAGUCACGAAGUCAAACUCCACUCGUUUCCCAGCAGAGGAGUGCUUUAAGGUGCCUGAUAGCGAAGACUGUGGGGAGGAAAAGCUGAGUUGGUUCUACGACCCCCAGAGGAACAACUGCUACACCUUCACCUAUGGCAACUGCAGCAAAAACCGCAACCACUUUGACGCUUACGAGACCUGCAUGUCGUCCUGUCGGGAUGAACUCGCCGCUCCUUGCAACCUUCCCAUCUACCAGGGACCUUGCAAGGCGUACGAACCUCGCUGGGCUUACAGCGGAUCCCAGCGUAAAUGCCAACCGUUCGUAUACGGCGGCUGCAAAGGCAACGAGAACAACUUCAAGACCAAAGAAGCGUGCGAGGACACCUGCCCAUUCCCGAGGAACCAUCGCUGCAAGCUGUGCAAGCCGCGGCACAAGAUGGUGACCAGCUUCUGCAAAAGCGAUUUCGUGAUUCUGGGACGUAUGACGGAGCUGAACGAGGACCAGGACUCGGGGCACGCUCUGAUCACCGUGGAGGAGAUCCUGAAGGACGAGAAAAUGGGGCUGAAGUUCUUCGGGAACGAGCCCUUGGAGGUGACAUUGCAGAACAUGGACUGGGCCUGUCCGUGUCCGAACGUCACCGCCUCCGAUGGUCAGAUCAUCAUCAUGGGGGACGUCAACAACGGCAUGGCUGUCCUGCAGCCUGACAGCUUCAUCGUCCUCUCCAGCGUCCGACGCGUCCGUAAGCUCCGCGAGGUCAUCAAUAAAAACACCUGUGACAUUUUGAAAGAGUUCAUCCAGUAGGACUUUUUCCAGAUGUCUGACGUCACAUAAAGUAACGAUUAAAUCGUUGUUCUGGGGUUCUAAGAAUCGGUCUUUUAUGUACAGCUUUUGUACCCAGACUGUUUGCUUUGACAAGGUUAGAUAUGUUUCUACAGCUUGAAUAGAAAUGCUCACAUCAACUUGGAAGGUUUUUAUAAGAGUUGCCCUUACAGUUUAAAGUAAAAGAACAUUGUGGACAUUAAUCAAACCCAUCUGCUCACCCAAAAAUCUCACAAAUGCUGUGUCAUCUGAUGAUUUUGAUAAAUUAAUGUUUUUUGUUUUUUUUCGCUCUGUGCUUGGUUGACCUUUCAUGGCAGAAGAUUUGUUGUUGUUGUUCUAGUAAUUAAAUGACUGUUGUAUAAUAGAAUUAGAUUUGCUUAAUGCACUUAGAUAAGUUGUAUAAUAUUGAAUAUAAGAUCAAUGUCAGUAGGAGAAAUAAUCCAUCUUUAAGGCUCACUUGUGUAUAGAACUGAGUGUAUAUGAUUUAGCACAGACUGCAUUUAUUUUAAGCUAUAUUUAUUUUGAUUUUUUUUUUUUUUUUUUUUUGAACCAAAAAAGCUGACUGUCAUUUCUUACAAGCACUUAUGUAUUUCUACAAUUGUCUUUUUAUUAUCUUUCUAGUUCGGUGUCUGUCAUGAUUUGCAUUGUGAAGUGACACCAAAAUAAACAUUUGAAACUCUAAGUCUAAUUCUUCUAGUUCUUUUUCAAGUGCACAAC